CGCGUGCACAACCGCAGGGGCCGACGCCGCGCUACAACGAUCACACGCACCGCCGCGCGAGCACACCACCGGCACCUCAGUCGUCGACCGGCGUUUGUACCGCGCGCACGUGUCCUCUAACCGGCCAACCACGGACAGCAACCCGGUAACCGAGCAUCGCGAGUGUUUUUUAAAAUCGUCGUUUUGUGUCGCGCGUUUUUGCGUUUGGUCAAUAAUAUUUCAUUCAUUUUCUACGGCCGUCGUGUGUUGUAACAGCGAACUUUAAUUAUUAUUUGUUUACCUCGUACAAGAGCGAAGUCGCCAAACCCCGUGUGACGUGUCGUGUCGUUUGUCGUACAACAACAUUCAGGAAUUAAAGAGUGAUUUGCCGCAAGACGAGGAUUUGUUAUCUACCCAUUAGGUAGAUGUUCCUGCGCUUGUACCCGACCAGACGAGGAUUCUACAAGGCCACUGUUCAAAUCUAUGGAUAGGGUGAUCGUUAUAAGUGGAUCUCGUUAAAGUUUAAGAAUACCUCUGUAAAAAUAUAUAGAUGGCAACGUCUCAACACGGACAUGCCCGGCGAUGGUUUUCUUCGUAAAAACAGCGCCUUCGUCAUCGUCGUCAUAGACUAACCGGAUACGCAUCCAUGACCAUGUUAAACACUGUGGAAAACGAGCAUCAACAGACCAACGGAGGCGGAAACGUGGUGACCAACGGCGGUACAGUUACCGCGACCGCGUUAUCCGGCUUGAACGGCGGCACGGGCACCAUGAUAGCCAGGGAGUGCGCCAAUUGCGGUAAGCGCAUCACCGAACGGUUCUUGCUCAAGGCUCUGGAUCUGUUCUGGCACGAGGACUGUCUCAAGUGUGGCUGUUGCGACUGUCGGCUGGGCGAGGUAGGCUCCACCUUGUACACCAAGGCCAACCUGAUACUGUGCAAAAGGGAUUACCUCAGGUUGUUCGGUGCGACCGGCAAUUGCGCAGCCUGCAACAAGGUAAUACCCGCGUUCGAAAUGGUGAUGCGAGCCAAAAACAACGUCUACCACUUGGAGUGCUUCGCGUGUCAACAGUGUAACCACAGGUUUUGCGUGGGCGACCGUUUCUACUUGUGCGAGAACAAGAUCCUGUGCGAGUACGACUACGAGGAACGGCUGGUGUUCGCCAACAUGGCCACGUACAACUCGUCCAGUCUGGCGCACAUAAGAAGGCAAGUCAGUAGAUUACAGUCAACGGCAAACGACAACGCCGACUCAACAACAACAGGAGACGUUGUAGGACCGACCGUCGAGGUGGACGGAAUCACCUCUCACCUGCCCGGGGCCGCUGCGAACGAACGCCGCCUGCACCCGCCGCCGCCUCACCGAAUACAACAACAACAGUACUCUUUGCCACAGCCGGGCGGCGUCGCCGGUGCCGGUGCUGCAUUGUUGUCUGCGAGUCAACCGGUGUCGUCCGCGGCCACAGCGACGGCGGCCGGAGCGGCGUCCGUGGUCGACGACGGCUCGAGCGGGUACGGCAGCCCGGACUCCGAAACGCUGCUCGAGCCAACGGCCAUGUCGGCCGCAGCCGCCACUGCCGCCGCAACUACCGCGUCGGUACAAUAGCGGCGUAUCGCUGUUUUGAACGACCCGCACGGUGGCCGCGUCGUACGUCGGGGUGCUGAUCCGCCGACGGGAUAGCAUAAAAUCAACGAUAAAUACAAUAUUAUCGUUUGUAAAUAAUUGUACGCUCCGUAUCGUUCUAGUCCUAAACGAUGCCAAAUUUAACUACCCAUUAUAAAAAUAUAUAUUAUAUUAUUACACAACGUUUAAAGAGAAAUAAAAUUAUUAUUAUUGUAUCGAAAUAAUAAUAAUAAUAAUAAUAAUGAUAAUGAUGAUGUUAAUUUGUUUUCCUUUCCUUUUGUUUUUGUUUCGUUAUCACUAUUAAUUAUUAUGUUAUUAUUAUUAUUAUUAUUAUUACUAUUGUAACAUCAUAUAUAUUAUUAUUAUCACUACCGUGCAGAUCGGAAAAAAGAUGUUGUAUGUACCAACCUAUGGACGUUAUGACGUGUGUAAAUUAUUAUGAUAUCCGUUAUAUUUAUUCAUUUAUGUAUCGUUUCUGUUUUAUACAACAAGAAACAGAAAAAAUUAAUUAUAUCGAACCCUUUAUCCAAACAACAUUGUCGCGCUGUUUUUAUAUUAUUAUUAUUAUUAUUAUUAUUAUUAUUACUGUGUACACGACCGGUGAAAUCAAUUAAACGCAAUAAACCGUAAAAGUUGUUAAGUUUUUGCUCUCUUUUUUUUUUUAUAUGGUACAUUGAAACUUGGUAUUUUUUUUCUCAAAUGCAAUAAAAUAUUUGAUAUAAUAACAUAAUACAUGUACAUUAGUCGAUUUUUAAAAACCACAAUAAUAUUAUGUAAAAUAUUAUGAUAAAAAUAAAAUGCUCAAGUUAUAAUUUAAUGAAGCGCACGUCAGACGUUUGUUUCUUUAAAAAAACGCGUUGCGUUUGAGAGACUUAAGUACUUGUUGUUGUAAUUUUUUUUGUUUUUGUCUACAUUAAAAAAGAAAAUGUAAUAUUAUUGUUCUAUUUCGUCUGACCGUAGUAACUCUUAAUCGGCUUAUAGUCUCUCCGACUACCCUUCUUGUCUCCUGAUCGCGAAUUUUGUACAGUAUAAAUAUUUAUAAUAUAAACUAUUUUUACGUGAAAACAUCUUAUCGAACUGCUAGUUCGUCUUAUAGUUUUUGUUUUUUUAUUUAAAUUAAUUAUUAUUGUAUUAAGUUAUAUUAUUCGACACACGCCCCACACUUGCGGACAAACACUUAUCGUUUUAAUUAUUAUUGUUGUUUAGUAUACAUAAUACAACUAUACAAACAAAUAGGAUUUUCCGGACAACUUAUACCCUGCCCGUUUAGAAUGUCUCUCGGAUCAAUUUAUGUUUUACUUAUUGUAGUUAUAUUUCAAUCGUAAUGUUUAAAAAAUAGUAAUAACAUUUCUUUAAUGUAUAACCUUGUAUAUCAUACACACCGGCAGUUAUAUUUAUUACUAAUAAUUUUGUUUUCCGUCUACCAUUAACAUAUCCGUUCAGAAGUUGUAUACGAAAUGUUGGGAUAAAAUAAAAAAAUAUCUGAUCUCAGAAAAAAAAAUCACUUGUUAGUUGUUUAUCAAGUAAUAGCUGGUGCAUUCUGGUGCUGUAUAUUGCCUAACGAA